AUGCUUCAGUCACAAAGAGGAAUGAAGGUGUUGGUGGUGGGCAGUCGAUGCGUGGGGAAGACCUGCCUCAUAAAACAGUUUUGCAGGGCAACAUACAGCGACGAGUACACGAAGACUAUGGGCGUGGACUUCAUGGAAAAGGUGCAGCGUGUCGGCUCUGAAGACGUCAAGCUGAUGUUGUGGGACACUGCCGGGCAGGAGGGCUUCACUUCGAUCACACGCUCUUACUACAAAGGCGCUGAAGCAGCUGUCCUCGUCUUCUCGACCACUGACAGGGCCUCUUUUGAGGCACUGCCUGCUUGGAGAGACAAGGUGUUGGACGAGUGUGGUGACGUUGCAAUGGCGCUGUUACAGAACAAGGUGGACUUGAUCGAGCAGUCUGCGGUGUCCAGCGAGGAAGUUGAAGCCAUGGCGCGCCGUCUCAACCUUUGCCUGUACCGCGGCUGUGUCAGAGAGGACCUGAACGUUGAAUCCGUGUUCACAUAUCUAGUGGAGCUAGCGGACAAGAAGGCCAACAGAAAAGCAAGCAAAUAUGUGGACAGCAGUGAGAAGCCUGAAAACAGCGGAGCUAUGACUCCGAGGGCUCGUCUAAGCAUGUCAGAAAGCAUAAGAAACCAGACCCAGCAGAAGAAGCAGCAACCCAAGAAAGACCUUGUUUGCCUGCUAAUGUAG